AGGGCGCGAUACUUGUAAUGGUUCUAUACGUAAGAUCGUAUCUCUGUGUAAUGAUUUAUAGCUUGCUGCGGACGGUACAGAGGCGCGGCGUUUGAUUGACGAUAUUUGCAAGACCUUUUCACCAUGCCAGAUUCCAUGGAUACAAGCUUUGAACUAAACAACAGUUCACACAAUGGUAUUCAGCUGCACCAGUGGCAGAGUUGGACACCUGAGGAUGUUAGAAGAUACUUCACGGUGAAAGGCUUGUCCGAAGAGGGCAAUAUCCUCAUGGGUGAAAAUAUAGAUGGAAGUCAUUUAUCACAGCUUACAGAGGAAAGGCUCGAAAAGAUGGGAGUACAAACCAUGGGAAAGAGGCUGUCUGCCAUAAACCUCAUCAACAAUCUGACAAAAACUUCACAUCAAAGUGUGAAAACCAAGGUUUUCAACGACUCGGUCCAUGGCCACAUUGACUUUGACCCUCUGCUGAUCAAAAUCAUAGAUACGCCACAGUUUCAGAGACUGCGCUUCAUCAAGCAACUUGGCUGUAGCUACUUUGUCUUUCCAGGAGCAGCACACAAUAGAUUUGAACACUCACUAGGGGUGUGUUACCUUGCCAGAGAGCUUGUUCUUUCUCUUCAACGCAAGCAACCAGAGCUGGACAUCACCAACAAGGAUAUCCUAUGUGUGCAGAUUGCCGGGCUUUGCCAUGAUCUUGGUCAUGGUCCGUUUUCCCAUAUGUUCGACUUAUUCUUCAUUCCUCAUGUAAGACCUGACUUUAAUCACAAGCAUGAGCAUCUAUCUGUACUGAUGUUUAAUCAUCUGAUCAAGGAAAAUCAUCUAGAGGAAAAACUGAAGGAGAAUGGAUUGGAUGAACAGGAUCUAGUAUUUAUCAGAGAACAGAUUGAAGGAUUACCCAAAGACUCUAGCCAAGAUAAGAAAGAGUGGCUAUACAAAGGACGAGGGCGUGAAAAAAGCUUCCUGUACGAGAUAGUGGCAAACAAGAGGAAUGGCGUUGAUGUGGACAAAUGGGAUUACUUCGCCCGGGACUGUUACAAUCUUGGAAUAGCCAACAGCUUUGACCAUCACAGGUACAUGAAGUUUGCCAGAGUGAUUGAGGUCGAAGGAGAGAAACAGAUUUGCAGCCGAGACAAGGAGAUAGGCAAUCUGUAUGACAUGUUCCACACCAGAAACACCCUCCAUCGGAGAGCCUAUCAACAUAAAGUAAACAAGAUCAUUGAAACUAUGAUUGUAGAUGCUCUGAUCAAAGCUGAUGAACAUCUCAGGAUCUUUCCAGGAGCUAAUGGGAAAAAGUUGACCAUGUCUGAAUCCCUUGAUGACAUGCAUGCCUACACCCACCUGACAGAUAGUGUACUUGAACAUAUCCUCUUCUCCCAGAAUAAAGGCCUGAAGGAUUCCCAAGACAUCAUCCAGAAGAUCCUUACCAGGCAGCUCUAUAAGUGUGUAGGACAGUCACAGCCACCUGCUGGCACUAAAUUAGAGUCACAACUGGAAAUACGCAAACAGAUCUGCCUGGCAGUGUCAGAGGAGGACCUGAAAGGACCCCAGCUUGAUCUAGAUGACCUGGUGGUUCAUGUGGUGAAGAUGGACUAUGGAAUGGGGAAUCAGAACCCUGUGGAUUAUGUCCGGUUCUACUCCAAGGAAGACCUCAACAAGGCAGUCAAGAUCAGGAAAGGACAGGUGUCCCAGAUGCUUCCGGAGAAUUUUGUGGAGCACUAUAUACGUGUGUACUGCAAGCAUCGUGAUCCUGAGAAUGUUGCAAAGGCUGAGAUGUGUUUCGCCGCUUGGUGUGCAACAAAGGAGUUUAGCAAACCAAAGCCUGGAAACUUCCUUGAUUCCGCAAUGACACCAGCUUCCACUAAAAGACCUGUUGAUGAACACCGAAGCCCAUUUGACACCAAAAAAGCAAAGAAAAGCCUUGAUGACACUUACAAUAGUAUGUAAUAGUAAAAUGAUAUCACUUGUGAUAGUUUCAAAUACACUUUCCUUGUGCCUUAACCUAUUCUUACUGUGUUGGGAGAAAUAGACACA